AUUUAAUUACUGUACAUUUCCCGAAGGACACCGACCACUACUACUACUACUACUACUACUAUCACACACAUAGACACCAUCAGCAGCACCUAUACUAACUAACCUGACCUACCGGUCCCCCCCACUCAACCCCCAACCCUCCCCCGACAAACACAAUGGUUACCGCCGAUAAUGACCAAAUGUCCAUAUCGUUUGCCGGUUGCGGCUUUCUCGGUCUCUAUCAUGUCGGUGUGGCCACCUGUUUCCGACAGUACGCACCGCUAACCAAUCAGACACUGGUUGCCGGUGCAUCGGCCGGUGCACUGGCCGCUAUGGCACUUGUAUUACGGCUACCACUGGGCGAAAGUACAUCCGAAAUAUUGUCGGUGGCCAUCAAAGCCCGUGCCCGUGCAUUGGGUCCGUUUCAUCCGAGUUUCGACGUCAAUAAGAUUAUACACGACUCGCUGGUCAAAACCCUGCCCGACGAUUGUCACAAACGAGUCAAUGGCCGACUGGUGAUCAGUAUGACCCGUGUGUCCGACGGUAAAAAUGUACUCAUCAGCCAAUUUGAUAGCAAAGAGGAUCUCAUAAAAGCCAUACAAUGUUCCUGUUUUAUCCCGUUCUGGUCGGGUAUAAUACCGCCAAAAUUUCACGGCAUAGCCUACAUGGACGGCGGCCUAAGCGAUAACUUACCCAUAAUCGACAAAAAUACUAUAACAGUGUCGCCGUUUUCGGGCGAAUCGGAUAUCUGUCCGCUGGACGAUACGUACAAUCCGUAUCAGGUUAAUCUGGUCAACACAUCAAUAUCGGUAUCGCCAUCUAAUCUCUAUCGACUAACUCGUAUACUAUUUCCUGCACAUCCGGAAAUACUGUCCCAGAUGUGCCAACAAGGUUUCGACGAUGCACUACGUUAUCUACAACGAAACAAUAAGAUAGCGUGUACUCGAUGUCUGGCCAUACAGUCGUCGUUUACGUUGGCCACUGAGGACGACACCGAUGAUGAUGAAGAACUAGACGAAGAGAUAGAUUCGGAGGAUUCCGGUUAUGAAAACAAUACCUGUCUGGUGGCCGAUGAUGACGGCGGCUCCGGCGGUGGCGCUGACGGCAGCAACAGUCAACAUCAUUCGGCAAUCAAUUGUAUGAAUUGCAACGAUUGUCAAUAUAGGCGACAGAUUGCCGUACUUGACUCACUUCCCGAUGCUGUUGUACAAGCAAUACAAGAGGCAUGCGAUCAAGUAAACAAAGGUGUCAUCAAUUGGAUAUUCAGGCACCGGCCUAUGAAACUACUAUCCCUAUUGUCCAUACCCUAUCUGCUACCGAUCGAUAUUACAAUUGUAUUGUUCUGUAAAGUCUGGCAACAGGUGCCGGCCAUUAAAAACGAAUUGAAGACAUCGCUGUUCAACUUAUUAAGCUUCUUGAGGUCGUUGGUGGUCAAAAUGGAAAGCAAACGGCACCAGUAUUCGGCUAAAUUUAGCUGCCAGCUGGCCGUUACCGAAUUUGACUACUCGCACGAAGAUAGUCCACAAGUGUACGCUCAUCAGCAGCCAGUUGUGACCACUACUACUCAUCGGAAAGUGUCGACAAUGAAAGUGCCAAACAUUUCGUCGGCCAAACGUAAACUAAGUGCUGCUCUGAAUCCGACAUCACAAACACCGACAACACCUGCAGCAGCUGCUGCGGCGGCGGCGGCCAACCGAAAGGUUACACUGGAAAAAGCGCACAGUUUUACAGCCGGUGUUUCCCGCAAACGCAAUAUGUACGCCACCACUACCGUUAAUACCAGCGAUGCUUCAGCUAUGUCUACCAGUGCUCAGGAGUUGAUGGCCGUCAAAGCCCGUCAACGAUUGGAACGACUACAGAAACAGUCGGCAUAUGUUGCUCAGCGCAAGUCGUACGCCGGUCAUCACGACCAACGGUCACACCGUAAUCAUCAGCUGAAUAACGAGUGGCCAAUUGAUAGACGCCGAUCGAUGAUCGAAAUGAUAACACCGAUAGUGAAGCCACCCGAACGGGUCAUAUCGAAAAUGAACUUUGGAUUCAGUUUCGACUUGAAGUCGAAUAACAAGUCCGAGUCCGAUGAACUGGACUUAGAGUCGCGACGAACGUCCAGUAAUGGAGUCGGAGAAGGAACAGCAGCUGAUGAAGUUGAUCGGGGAAAUGGUGUCCGAGGAGGAGGACUGACCAAUAGUACGCCCAAUUUGAACCACAAUACUACCGGUAGUAGCAGUAGUAGCAGCAACUCUCUGGCCUCAAGCGAAAGUAAAAUGUUGGACGCUUUGCGGCACAUCGAUAGUCUGGAUCAGGCAAACGCCAUCGAAAUUGCCAGCAAAGCGCUGGACUGGGAACGCGAGUGUCUGCAAAAGUAUCGGGAUUUUGGCGGCGAUUCGGAUGACACCGACAGCAACGGCAACUCGACGACCAACGAUAUCGACAAAAUGAUUGAACUGACACAAACUCAAGAGGCACUGAUGGCUUUCUACUAUACCGAUGAAAAUAAUCGGGUAAAAGUUACCGAAAUUUUCAAUAUACAACCAGAUAGCGAACUCGAUAGGACAUCCAGGCGCUCAUCAUCGCACAAGUCACAGCACAUUAAUAAUAAUAAUAAUAAUGCCGAUACUAUCAGCAACAGCACCGGUAGUACUACUACUACUACUACCACCAGGAGUUCAAAACUGAUUAUAGACGACGAUGAAGACGAUGGCCUUAUUGAAGAUCAGUGCCGUUUGUCGCCAAACAAACGAUUGUCAGUUGUGUCCACUACUGACGGACUACGCGGUGUCAGCGGUGGUGACGGUGACGGCUAUCAACAAAGGCAACGCAAAAAGUCUGUGAUUGAAUACCUGAUUGACUAAACAAACAAAAAUAUUUUUAAAAAUCGGGUUAGUCAUACCCGUAGACCACCACCACUAAAACCUAACUGUCCUCCAAAAAUAAAUGUUUGUGUGAUGAAAGCUAUUGUGUUUUAUUUUUAUUACAUUACAAUAGUUAUGACAAUAUUUUUUUUUAUAUAUAAAUAUACUAUA